GCGAUUGCGAUAACCAUAGCGGCGCGGUGCGGCGGAUCAUUCGGUGGCAGUGGCAGUGGCAGUGGCAGUAGUCGGCUUGUCGUGAUAAAGUUACCAUCUACGAGUACGAGCAUUACAGCAUUAGUUCGAGUCAGUGGGCAGCUGGACACUGAGUAGUGAUUACAGGUUCGCGCUUUCGCGAGUCCGUCACCGUGUUUGAGGGGGAAAAAAACCAAAACCAAAACAAAUGUACAAGUACUUACGCGUGAUUGAAUUUUCGCAAAUGUGCAUCUACUCUACGUAGGUACCUAAACUACUCGUACCUACUGGCUAGCCUCUAUACGUGUACUGGUAUCCUAUCCGAUCCGAUCCGAUCCGAAGCCUAAGCCUUAUCCACUCGCCGUCGCCGUCGCCGUCGCCGUCGCCGUUGACAUGGGACUUUCUAAGAGCUUAGCCGCCCUAAUGGAUGGCUUACCCAACCAGUACUACAGUUUCAUUUUCGGCGUACUUAUCGCGUGCGUCAUUUUCUAUCGUCGGCCGAUUUACAUCGUUUUCAAAACACUACCCAGAGAUUUGAGUUUGUUCUUCAGAGUUUUUAACACGGCCGUAGCAUGCCUCAAGUAUAUUGUGACCGGAGAAACCAUCGUAUCGUUGUUCAAAAAAACAGCCCGCUCCAAUCCGGACAAAGUUAUCGUGCAUUUUCAAGACACUGCGUGGACUGUGAAAGAGUUGGAUUUGUACAGCAACAAAGUGGCGAGAAUUUUCCAAAAGAAAGGCUACAAGAAAGGCGACGUGGUGGCGUUGAUGAGCCUGAACAGGCCGCAGUAUAUCGGUAUUUGGUUGGGUCUGGGCAAGAUCGGCGUCGUGACCGCCUUGAUAAAUACGAAUUUGCGGUCGCACUCGUUGGCUCAUUGCGUGAAUGUGGCCAAAUGCAAGGCAUUCGUAUUCGGCUACGAAUUCGCCAAAGACGUCAACGAAAUUGCCGCAGCGCUCGACCCGAAUACCGAGUACAUGGCGUACGGCGAAGGCACCGGCGCCGGCAUCGGCGACAGCUUUUUGCGCAAUUGCGCCGAUAUGGAGCAACUGCUGAGCAGCGUAUCCGGCGAUGCGGUCGAACCCGAAACGCCCAUCAGGCCCAAAGACAAACUAUUGUACAUCUAUACUUCGGGCACUACUGGUUUGCCAAAAGCCGCAAUUAUGGUUCACGACAAAUUGGUGAUGAUAGUGGCCGGUUUCAAGUAUUUAUUGAAGUUACGCUCGAACGAUAUCAUCUACGAUCCGCUGCCGCUGUACCACACGGCCGGCGGUCUUUUGGGCACGCUUCCGGCCUUGGUGUACGGCUUAACCGUCGUCAUCAAAGUCAAGUUUUCCGCUUCCAAGUAUUUUGCCGAUUGCGUCAAGUAUAAAUGUACCAUUGGUCAAUACAUCGGCGAAAUAUGUCGAUAUUUAUUGGCGGUGCCGCCUUCGCAAAACGACGUUAAUCAUUCGUUGCGUAUGGUGAUUGGAAAUGGCAUGCGUCCGGACGUGUGGCGAGCAUUCGUCCAUCGAUUCAGAAUUCCCGCCGUCUUGGAGUUGUACGGAUCGACCGAAGGAAACGCCAACAUAAUGAAUUUCGAUAACACGAUCGGAGCUGUGGGAUUUCUACCUCGUAUAUUGCCGGCCUCGGUGUAUCCGAUCGCUUUAAUAAAGUACGACGAAACUAACGGCGAACCUGUUAGAAAUGAAAACGGCUUUUGUAUCAGAUGUGACGCUGGUGAAUCUGGCAUGUGUAUCGGUAUGAUAUCGAAAAGAAUACCUCUUAAAGACUUUCAAGGAUACGUCGAUCAAAAGGAAACCAACAAGAAAAUCAUCAAGAAUGUUUUUAAACGCGGAGAUUCGGCGUUUUUAUCGGGCGAUAUUUUAUACAUGGACGAAUUUGGUUACCUAUAUUUCAAGGAUAGAACCGGCGACACGUUCAGAUGGAAAGGUGAAAAUGUAUCUACCGGCGAGGUCGAAAUGGUUAUUCAGAAAUUAAUCGGUUUCAAGGACUGCACGGUGUAUGGAGUUCAAGUUGGCGAUUUGGAAGGCAAAGCCGGCAUGGUAGCCAUCGUCGAUCCGAAAAACGAAAUAGAUCUCGAUAAUUUGGCCGAUGGUAUCGAUAAAAAUUUACCAGUUUACGCCAGACCCUUAUUCUUGAGAAUAUUACCGCAACUCGAACUGACAGGAACGUACAAGGUGAAAAAAACCGAUCUGAAAAACGAGGCUUUCGAUCCGAGCAAAACCAACGAUCGACUGUAUUUCAAACAUUCGGUCAAAGGAUUUUUACCCAUCACUGAAAGCCUGUACAGCGAUAUCGUCACCGGCGCCGUCAAAGUCUAAAGUCGGCCUCUGGAUCAAGCUGCGGUCAGUUUAGCUGCGCAUCGUAUCGUGCCGCAUUAUUCCGAGUAUUCGUCCGAGAAAGCCAGUACAGAAUGUGUACGUGUAUGGACAUGGACCCUACAUCUGGCUUCCAGGAUUAGCUUCCUACCUGGCUGUGGCUGUGGCUAUGGCUAAAAUAAGACGACAAACGAUGCUAUCGGCUGCUGGUGCCCGUCACCCCGUCUCUACGGUUCAUGGGUGACCAGUGACCACUGACCAAUGGACCAUCUUUCAUCAAUGCCCAACAGCGGGAGUCGAUAGUGAGCGUACAUCGAGAAACAACCACUCAUCCACCCACCUGCCCAUCUAUUCAUAUGUACCUACCAGCUACCUGUACCUACUACCUACUAUACGAUCUAGUCUACCUAACUACCUACCUAAUAAAAUCGAUUAUACCGCCUAA